GUUCACUUAGCUCCACCUGCAGGCGGUGUACUCCCAUGAGAAGGUGAAGAUGGAGGGAACCAUCACGCAGCAGACCAAGCUCAUCGACUUCCUGCAGGCCCAGGCGCACGGGGGCUCCAAGAAGAAGAAGGGUCUGUUUGGCCGUCGUCGGGAAGACCUUCUGGCUGCCAUGGCUGCUCAGGCUCAGAAUCAGAGUCAGAGUCAGAAUCAGAGUCAGGGUCAGGGUCAGGGUCCGGUGUCCCCGCUGCCCUCCAUCCAGCCGGUGCCUCUGCAGUACAGCGACAUCAAGCUGGCUCUGGACAAAGAGAGGGGUCGCAGCACGGAGCUGGAGGAGGCGCUGCAGAAGAUGAGAGGAGAGCUGCGGUCUCUGAGAGAGGAGG